AUGGAUCGUGCCCAGCAUGAACGGUUUGCCAACCACGCCGCGCAGUAUGCUGCUGUAAGCGAGAGGGUGCUUCGAGAAGGACAUGCCAUUUGGCCUGAUAACACCACCAGAGUGUAUGUUCGUGGGCAGAAGCGAUGGAAGGAAUGGUGUUCCGAGAUGCAAUUUGUGGAUGGGGAGCUUGUCAGCAACGACAAGCUCCUGCUGUACAUUGACACGAAAAUCAUCGGCCGGCCAGCCGAAGGAACGAGAAGGAAGAAGCGAGCUCGUACCGACGAUAGUGGAGAUUUUGUUAUUCCCACCAUUUCGGAAAGGACGGUGGAGGGGGAGGUAUCCGCUAUCAUGAGUCUCUGGAACUUUCAG